GUACUUUCUCUACUUCUUGAUGACUUUACAUUUCAGUUUGAUGUCAGUGCGUCCUACAUCGGGGCGAUAUAUGGUCUUGUUUCUGGAAUGCCGUACUUCUUAGGAUUAAUCACUGUACCUCUACUUCGCUACUUCUCGGUUCGACUGCUUACGAUAAUUGGUGGUAUAUUCGCAUCGGGAGGACUGAUUGCUGCCUCGUUCACCACGUCAGCACCACAGUUAACCGCAUCUUUAAUUGCGUUCGGUUUGGGUUUCGUCUUCAUAGUUCUGCCAACUAACUCGAGCCCGGCUGAUUAUUUUCCUGAUUAUUUUGAGAUUGCGACUGGAGUCUUAAUCUCGGGUGGAAGUGUUGGUGUGAUGGUCAUGCCUUGGCUCUUUGACAUUAUCAUUGAGAGUUAUGGAUGGAGAGGUGGCCUUCUGUUGUUGGGUGCACUAAACUCCCAUUACAUUUUAAUUGGUUCACUUCUAAAACCAACAAAAAGCAGACGCAAAAGAAGGGACUCCUGCGCAAAUCAGGAUGUUGAAAAUUUGGAAGGGCAGAUGCAUGCUACUUGUGAAGCUGAUGCGAUCGAUUUACAAAGUAGAGAAGACGCUCACCAAGGACAACCCUUUUCACCGUCGCCUCAUACUGAUCAUUCUGAACAUGCAGCCGGAUUAGCUUCUCUUGAUCAUGACGACAGAAAAUUGACACUUAAUUCAAACAUUAGUCAGGAACUAAAAAUCGAGCAUGUCGAUGGCCAUUUAAUUGAAGAUGGUGCCGAUGUGCAUGGAUAUGUAAACACGAGUUAUGAAGGAGAUCCGCCUGAUAAAGAACUAAAUAGCAAAACACACUAUCAAGGUCAAUGUUUAGAAACAAAAAUGCAAAGUGCCGUAAAAGAAGAACGUCUAAAGACCAUGCGGAUUUCUAAUCUCGACAAAGAUGAGAUGGAAUCCUCCAUUGUGCAUCAUAGCAAUAGACAGUCAACAGGAUCAAACCUGAACAGAAAGACAGGACCCAAUGCAAAUUUCGAAGAAGUUGAAAUGAACCGUACAGAUACUGAAACCAAUGACAAGAACGAACGCAAAGACACAGAUAGCUCUUGUUUCUUUGGUGUUGUAUCUUCAAUUGCAGGGUUCUAUAAAGAGCACCCCAUAAUGAUCUUGAUUUGUAUCCAGGUGUAUCUAUUCGCCUGUACUUAUGUUGCUUGGCUUCUGUUCACCAUCCCCAACGCCCAAGCCAAAGGUCUAUCUGACCUGAGGGCUGCCCAACUCUCAAUCGCAGGUGGAGUUGCGAACUUCAUCGGUCGAUUCUCUUGUGGCUUUAUCACCUCAAAAGAAGUGGCAAGUAUCGAAGUCUGGUACAUGAUUGCCAACGCUCUUUCGACGACUGCAUUCUUUUUAAACUAUGUGGCUGAUUCUUUUUGGUUCCUGACCGCCCUCUCCGUAAUGUUUGGCUUUUCAAUCGGUUUCAAGUCGCCUGCACAAUUUACUCUCGUCAUGAAUGCUGUUGGAAAAGAACACUUCAAGAUAGGAUUGGGAAUGCUAUUUCUAGUUGGUGGUUCGGUGUACCCCUUUGUUGGAUUAAUAUCAGGAGCAAUCUACGACCGGACUCAAUCAUAUGACAUUACAUUUUGUAUCAUGGGGGCUCUAGAUGUCAUUGCCGGCAUUUUGAUCAUCGUCCCUAUUACCUGGAAUAGAUUUUGCAGAAAACAACCGCCUGACUCUUCGGAAUGAUAGCAGACUCUUUUUACGGCUAUCGGUGGAGAGGGUUCUUGAUGGGCAAUCUGCCGGACUUGUCGCAUUUACUACGCACAGGGAAACUCUCUACAACGCACCAAUGCCUUUGACAAUCGCACUGGAGAGCUGAGAGGUUUUUAUCGCAAGUUGAUGGACCGGGACACCAUCGGAUUCUCUUGACUCUAAACAACGGGUUACACGGGUCUAAUUACAACUGGCAGGCAAAAGAUGUUCAAUCAAGCCAAUCCAUUCUCAAUUUUUUAAUUUGAUCUUGCUGAUUGACAAAAACGAAUGAGUAUGAUUGUCCAUCUAACACUGAUUCUGUAACUACUGAACUUCCUUUUCCCACAUUGGAAAGAUAUAUCACCAAUUUGGAACUAAAUUUUACUGGCGAAAGAAUAAGGACCAUUCUACCGUCACAG